CUGCAUCCAACCUGGCAACCCCUGGAGGAGUCUAGUGGAGGAGAAUCUCACCACGGCAGCAGACUACAGCAGACUGCUGGUCAUCACACAGAGGCUGGCUGGCUGCGGGAUCCCGUCUACACAAUCUACUGCUCAGUUCUCUUGCCAACACCAAAUUUGGAUCAACUUGGUGGAGAAACGAGAGGAAACCCCAAAUCUUUGCCUAGAUGGUGGAGGCCUGAUCUGAACCUCAUUCUUCCAACCCUCCUGCCAGUUGUGAGCCUUGCUGGCAUCUUCUCUAACGGGGAAAAAGUCAAAUUGAAAGCGAUCACUCUCGGAGCCCUUUGAACACCAUCUUUAACAUAUUUGAAGUGUUAUUACAGUCUUGAGGAAGUACACAACCAAGCGUUUCCUGGAUACUUCUGUGUAACAACAUGGCAAAGAAAAACCAGAAGGAUACGUCGGGGGUGGUGUUUGACACUCGCUCAAAAAUGGCCAUGUCCCAGGGAGGAACAGCUGAGAGGAUGAAGGAGAAGAUCAGUGCUGUCAGGGCAGUUGUCCCCAACAAAAGCAACAAUGAGAUCGUACUGGUGUUGCAGCAUUUUGAGAACAGCGUUGACAAGGCUGUUCAAGCUUUCUUAGAAGGCAGUGCCAUUGAGAUCCUGAAGGAGUGGAAUGUGACCGGCAAAAAGAAGCCCAAGAAGAAAAAGAAGCCCAAGCCUGUGCCCGAGGCUACAGCAGAGCCUGCUCCACCUGAGGCCACAUCGCCCGAGGAGGUCAAGGACGAGGUGAACGGCUUUCAUGCCAACGGAUCAGUCAUAGAUGGAGAGUCACUUGAUUCUCUGAGUGAACAGUUGGACUCUGCCUCCCUGGAUGCAGCCGAGCUGGACUCUGAACCCGCUACAUCCGAAACCACCGGUGCAGAAGCAGAAAGUCAAGGUAGCGCUCCAAGUCCCCCUUUACAGCAAGGAGGGAGGUAUCACCAGGGUCCCAGAGGCAACAAGAACCGACACAGGCCCGGCUCUAAUUCACAUCCACCCUCUUCCUCAUUUCCACCCACCACUGAUGAGCAAGGAUCGUCAGGAGUCAAGAAGAUGGCUCCCAAUAUCGACCGCUCUGUGAAGGACCUGCAGAGAUGCACCGCCUCACUGACUCGCUACAGGAUAGUAGUCAAGGAGGAGAUGGACUCCUCAAUCAAGAAGAUGAAGCAGACGUUUGCUGAGCUCCAGAGCUGUUUAAUGGACAGAGAAGUGACUCUACUGGGAGAAAUGGACAAAGUGAAAGCAGAGGCCAUGUUGAUUUUGGACGCCCGGCAUAAGAGAGCGGAGGAGCUCAGACGGCUGACGGACCAGUCGGUGUCCAUGUCCGAGGAGCAGUUGACUGAACUGCGUGCAGACAUAAAGCACUUUGUGAGUGAGCGUAAAUAUGAUGAAGACCUUGGAAAAGCUGUAAGAUUUACGUUUGAUCUUGAACCGCUGAAGACGAGCAUCAUAGGGUUUGGAUCAGUUUACCAUCCACGCACAGGAUACUCAAAUCGGUCCCGUUGUAGCUCCACGUCCUCUUCCAUCGCCAGCCCCGGCCUGCUGGAAACUCCUCCUCCUCCCACCCAGACUCAAAGCAACCCCAGUGAAUACCGCCCUCCACCAAACAAACAGAUUUUCCAAGGCAACAGGCGUACUUUCCAGGGACAAGGGUAUCACUCGGGCGGUCAGAGGUAUAACGGCGCUUCCUACCAUGACAGGAACGCCGCUCGGGCUAACCACCGCUACAAGAGUGACGGUGACUCUUCUGGUCCUUCCCAGCACUCACACAGCUCAAGAGGUCCCCACCAUUCGUCCACGUCCUCCUACAACCAAGACCGAACCUCUCAUAACGGGCUGCCCCAAAGGCCUCCGCGGACACCCUGCCCUUGACGUUGGAAAUCCUGUGCUCAAUCAAACCCAUCUACUAACCCUCACCCCUCCUCACCCUGUCCCACCACCCAUAGCCUCCCCCCAUACCCUCCACACUUUCCCCUCUACUAACUCCUCUCAAUGAAGAAUAGAUUACAAGUUUACAUAUUUCCGUCAGUUGAGCUGUAGUGCCAGGUCUCUACAUCAAUCCAUUCAUCCUUUCAAACUUGAAAAGCGCUCACUGUUCUGUAAUCGCUCUUCCGUUUGCAUUUCUCCCUUCCUGGUUAAGGUAACAGCUUCUAUCUUUAGGCCCCCCUUUGAGAGAUCUCAUUGCUAUGCUAUUGUCAGUCUCUGUUAUUCAUUUUUUUGCAGUUUCUGCCAGAGACUGACAUGAUUACAUGCAACAAUUUCUGCACUAUUGAAGUUGAACUCUUAGUACUAUUUCUAUUUUUGCUGAGGCUUGUCGGCUCUCUGAUUUGAACCUCACAUCUUUUUUUUUUUGGUGUUUGUUCUCAUCUCCCGGAACCAUUUCAAUGCCUUCACCGUGGAAGUGCAAAAGUAGUUCUCGCAUUAACAGAGAUUUUUGUCAUCAGGAGAGUAGACAUGCAAUCAACACUACAGACUAUCGUUAAUCUUUACAAGGUAAAAAAUAAUUAAAACAUAUCAGACUGUAAUCUAGAGCUUUUCAUAUGGCUGCUACAAACCAUAGGGAACUUGUUAACACUAGGACUUAGAUGUGUUUGAGAGGAACUCUGUGAACACAGAGGUUGCCCUCUUAAAGGAAUAGAUCGACAUUUUUAGAAAUGGCUCGUUCCCUUUCUUGUGGAGUUAGAUAAGAAGAUGGAUACUGGUCUCAUGUCUGUACGAUAAAUAUGAAGCUAUCACCAGCAGCCGCUUAGCUUAGCUUAUUACGCAGCUUUGUUGAAUACUCGAUUAUGAUCGGUCAUCACGGCGUUCUACGGUCUGUUAAUUCUUUAUAACAGACCGUAAAACGCAGAAAAAUGGACUCUGGCGGAUCAUUUUUGUGUCAAAUUAUUGAUUUCUUGAGUAAGUAGCCGUGUAAUAAGCGGGAUAAUGUAGGUCAUUGUUUUCGGGGUUUCUUUCACUCUUUCACUUCUUUCACUCAGCGCAGACUGGAAGCAGUUGGAAACAGCUUUGUUUCCUGUCUUAAUGUCACAUUAUCUGCCAACCAUCACCUCCAAAUUUCACUAAUUAACACGUUGUAUCUUGUUUUGUUUAUUUUUCGUAGAAAAACUGAAGUGUAAAAACCACAAGUCUUGGUUUUACGGGGGGGGGGGGGGUUAUGUGCCAGGCAGAGCAAAGCUAGCUGUUGCCUUGCUAAGCCAAUCGGCUGCUGACUGUAGCUUCAUAUUUACCGUACAGACACGACAGCAACUAUCAAUCUUCUCCUCUAAUUCUCUGCAAGAAAACGAAUAUGUGCAUUUCCCAAGAUGUCGAGCUUUACCUUUAAAUGUUGCCUAAGACGGCGAUGUAUCGCCCUCCCACUGGCCAGCGGGGUUAUCGUGUGUGUGCUGUUGUUGGCUUGCUGUCCAUUAUUUUGUAACAAAGACAGGGCUCAUUACCUUUUGUAGAAUACUGUUAAAUAUGUUAAAACUCACAACAAAGGAAACUGUCCACAUGCUGUUCUAUAUUUAAUCCUUGACAUAUAUUCAGAUGAAUUUUCUUCCACACGCACCGUUUCUUCUUCUUUGUGUUGUUAUAUAUGCACAUGGAUGGCGUAUUAAUGACGUGCUUGCCUUUUAGUCACAGAGAGACUUCACAUUUGCCUUUCUAGAGACAUGGAUGUCUGCAUCAUGACGGCUUUCUAAACAGACGGUACUCGUAGAGCGGGCGCGCCAUUUAUAAAUAUGUGUGAGAAUAAGAUCUUUGCUUCCCCUUUUUUUAUAUUCUCACUUUAUCUCAUCUGUGAACUUAAAACUGAUCAAACUGAUGAAUGCAUUGGAAGGUUGCAUUGAUUUCACAGAUAUAAGUUUUUUUUGUUUUUUUAUGGCUGCCAAGUAGAAGGCUUUUCGUUGUUGGGGUUAAGUCUCAUCGUCGUGUCCACAGCUUGUGAACAAAAAGCUGGUGAAUACCUCAUUGCUGAUGUUUUGGCAUGGCCUGUUUUCAAGCCGUUUUCUCGCAGUGGGCUCUUAUUUAAGAGACAGGGACCCCUGGUGAUUCCUCAGCUUUAAUCUUCUUGUAGUUAUGUACAUACAGUAUGUGGAGCUGCAAGGCUGUAGUGUAAGACUGGUUGUUACAUAAUUGCUGCAUUUUCUUCAUAAUGUCGUCUUCCUUCGAGCAGACUUUUUGAAAAUUAUAUUUUGUUCUCUCUCUCUUCCCCCUUUUUGUUUCCUUGUGGGUUUUCUGAUCAUACGGAGAUUUUUCUUCUUAUUUGAUAUAUAAGAAAACUUCAGUGAAUAUUUUAGUUAAUAUUGUGGAGAGAAGAGCGUUGCAGUCUUUGGUAAAUAUGUGCUGUAAUGACACAUAAAUAUGUUUUGAUUUAAAGGAAUAGUUUGACAUUUUGGUGAAUAUGUUCAUUUCCUUUCUUACGGUUUGAAAACACUUCUGAUAAAUCUCAUCUUUGUUGCUUUUAGAAGUCUGUUUUCCAGUUUGGAUUUGGCUCAAGGUUGCCCCUUGUGGCCGUUGGGGGGGGGAAACAUCUGCGGUUUUCACCAACAGUGUAUGUUUUUUUACUCCUUCUGGCCUCAGGGGGCAGUAAUGAGCCCAUCACAGCUAGAAAAAUAACUUGGACAAGCAACAAAAAGGUGACAUUUAUACUUUAUUGAAAGUGUUUUCAGAAAGUAUUUUUCAGUUUCUUAUCUAAACUCUCAGUAAGAAAGCGAAAAAGUGAAUUUCCUAAAUUGUCAAACUAUUUCUUUAGGUGGUAAUGUCGUAAUGUCAAAGAUUUUUUAUUGACUGGUGUUUUUGGGGGGCUGCAGUUUAAAUUGAUCAAAGCCGCAGGACUGAUUAUUAACAAAUCAGUUUUUAUUCCAGCAUAUCUCCAGUGUGCUCUGGAGGUGCUGGAUUCGUUCAAUCAAGACUCAAAGAGAGUAGAUUUUGUCUGCCUCACUUUAACCACUUUUUUUAAUUUUCGUUUUACAUUCCAAACUGUAGGAAUAUUAGGUUAUCGCCAAAGAUAAUUACGUCCUGUUUUCAAGUUGCUGCCUUUUUUUUUCGUUUUCUUUCCUCGGCCUGUAAAGAAUUCCAAAGGGGAUAAAUCCAACACUUCACCGUUUCUUCGUCUUCUUCUUCCUCUUCUUCCCACCCUACUUUACGUUCUGAUUCCUUACUGUAUAUACAUAUAUGUAGCUAUAUAAUUUUGUGCUCACAUGGGGCAUUUUGUAUGUGAUAUUCAUAUUAGGCAUAAUGGAGGUUAAAACAUCUAGUUCAUUCAUUCUUCCAGUAGACCUUCUUUAGACAACCUUUCUGAGACAACUGUAAACUCAAGUGCCUUUUCUUGUCUCCCACCGAUUCAUUGACAUCCGCUCCACUAGAGUAUGGACCAAAGACAUCGACCGUCCCCGACAAACCCUCUCCUCUCUUUCUCCCCACUCACUGAAUUGCACACUUUUCAUUUACUACGAAUAAACAGUUUGCAAUACUGA